GGGACACUACGAAGCGUAGGAGGUGGAGGAGAAGAAGGAUGGAGAUCCCAGUCCCCGUGCAGCCGUCUUGGCUGCGCCGCGCCUCGGCCCCGUUGCCCGGGCUUUCGGCGACCGGGCGUCUUUUUGACCAGCGCUUCGGCGAGGGGCUGCUGGAGGCCGAGCUUGCUUCCCUGUGUCCCGCCGCGCUGGCACCCUACUACCUGCGCGCACCCAGCGUGGCGCUUCCGGCCACCCAGGUGCCGACUGACCCUGGGCAUUUUUCCGUGCUGCUGGAUGUGAAACACUUCUCGCCAGAGGAAAUCUCCGUCAAGGUGGUUGGUGAACAUGUGGAGGUGCACGCCCGCCAUGAAGAGCGACCGGAUGAACACGGAUACGUCUCUCGCGAGUUCCACCGUCGCUACCGUUUGCCACCUGGCGUGGACCCUGCCGCAGUGACGUCAGCGUUGUCCCCUGAGGGUGUCCUUUCCAUCCAGGCCUCACCUGUGCCCGCUCAGGCCCCACUGCCACCACCAGCUCCUGCCAAUUUGGGAUCUGGGCACGCGUGAACCCUGGUAGCUGCCGCAGGCCCCUUCUUUUAAAGCCAAACUGACUCCACCCAGCCAGAUAUCCCAAGCAUGCCAAGAUCCACACCUCCUCCCCCAAAACCGGAUCUAGUCCAGACCCCUCCAACCUAGACUCACCCCUGAUAACCUAGACCUUUUCCACUGGCACUCCUGCUCAUAUACCAUCCAUUUUCAAACCCCAACACCUUCCUAGUUUCCAGAUCCUAUAAGCACAACCCCUCAGCCUAGUCUCCUAUUUACAAACUCCCUCUUUGGCAGAUAAACCCACUCAAAACUCCCUAUUUCCUCCUGUCUCCCUAUGAAAAUAUCUCCACUGUGACACCAGAUUAUGAUAUAGAUAGCUCUGUCCCAAACCUAAACCAGUUAAGCGUAAUCCACCUCUGGGCAAUGUCCCAGACUGUACAGACUUUCCACACCAGACCACCCACCCAGGCCUGGUCUUCCCCUAAUUAAUCUCAACCAGCCACCUUCAGACUCUUGAAUCCCUUUUCUGAUCCUCACCCUUGGACACCUAUUCUAGGCCAACCAGUACCUUCAACCUCAAAAUGUAGAUACCCUGCCCAUCUCCCCAGACCCUGCACACUGUCCUAACUCCCAUCUCCAACUUUACCCAGGACCCCAUCUCCAAUCACAGGCAAUCCACUUUCCAGACCCUUCCCCUUACUCUCCAAGACCCAGCCCAGAGGCCACUUGCUUUUAUUCUCCACAAUCUUUCUCCCUCCUUUAAUUCCUUUCUGUCCCACCCCCUCACUCCUACCUAGCUCCACUCCCCCAAUAAACAUGGUAGAGCUGUG